AGUCUCUCCUUCCUUCACAUUAGUUAUUUCCUGAGAAAACAAACUCACGUUCUUGGGAAAAUAAGAAAAAAUAGAGAGUGAAGGCUAUGGCAUUUGCAGGAACAACCCAGAAAUGUAUGGCCUGUGACAAGACUGUUUAUCUGGUGGAUAAGUUGACUGCCGACAACCGGGUGUACCACAAGGCCUGUUUCCGGUGCCAUCACUGCAAAGGAACUCUCAAACUGAGUAAUUACAAUUCCUUUGAGGGAGUUCUGUACUGCAAGCCACAUUUUGAUCAAACUUUUAAAAGAACUGGCAGUCUUGACAAGAGCUUUGAAGGUACACCAAAAAUUGCAAAGCCAGAGAGACCUGUUGAUAGUGAGAAACCUGCAGCAGCUAAAGCCUCGAGCAUGUUUGCUGGUACCAGAGAAAAAUGUGUUGGCUGUAAGAAUACUGUAUAUCCAAUUGAGAAGGUUACAGUGAAUGGAACUCCCUACCACAAGAAUUGUUUCAAAUGCAGCCAUGGAGGAUGUGUAAUCAGUCCAUCCAAUUACAUUGCACAUGAAGGCCGGCUCUACUGCAAACACCACCACGGCCAGCUUAUAAAGGAAAAAGGAAACUUAAGUCAGCUUGAAGGUGAGCACGAGAAGGACAAGAUGAAUGUUAGUUAAUGCAAAAGAAGUUGCUGCUGAAUCUUGUUCUGCUUGAUGCACCUUUUGUUCUUCUGUCAUUUAUCCUGUGUUUUCCUGCCCUGUCCUGGACUCUGUUUUACAUCCCCUGUAUCCGCAGUUCCAAGGGUUUUAUGCUUACGAGACACCAAAAAAAUUCUUGUUACAUAUAAAUAUAAUUGAAGAUUUGGA